AUGGCGAUGAUGACUGGCCCUGUGCUGCUGGUGUGUGCCCUCUGCGUGCUGUGGUACGUUACCGGCGGUGUUUAUGCGAGGGACGUUGACACCAACGCACUGGGUGGCUGCAUGGCGUCGGGAGCGUUGGGUGAGAAUGGAUCCCACAUGCCUGACGGAUGUAAUAAAACUGCGAUUACGGUGCCUUUGCGGUCAGUACUGCUCAUUACUGCCGUCGAAGCCUCGACUGGAAGAGAUUCUGCUGGUGGUACAAAGAACGAUUCGAAUUCAAGUGGGACUUCCGACGCUGGUGCUUCUGGUGCUGUUGCUCCUCCUGGUGGUGGUCCUGAUGGUGGUGCUGGCGCUGGUGGUUCUGCUGGUGCUUCUGUUCCUGGAGGCGGUGGAGGAGGCAGUUCUGGUGCUGGUGUUACUGGUUCUGGCUCUGCUGGUCCUGGCGGUGGCAUUCCUUCUGAUGCUGGUCCUCCCGCUCCUGCUGUUGUUGCUCCUCCUCCCGUUCCUCCUUCUGCUCCUGCUGCUUCUCCUGCUGUUGCUCCUGCUGCUCCUGUUGUUGAUUCUUCAGCUGGCCGAAGUGAUGGUACAGCGGGGUCCUCUGGCACUAAUUCAUCUAACACAACGGGAGAAUCUCAAACAGGAAAUCAGUCGUCUGCUGCAGCAGCGGCUCACAACUCCUCGCUACCCGAAACACCCACAGGGACGACAUCCGGCACUGGACACACACGACAAGAGGAAGAGGAAGAAGAAAAUGAAAUGCAGCAGCAAAGUGAUGAAGCACAAGUCCAACAAAAUCAACAGCAUGAACACCCCGCGGAAAACGGCGAAGAAUCCGCGAAAGAUAAAAACGCCCUUCGUACAAAUGCCACCGCAAAUACAGGCGACAGUGACGGCAGCACCGCGGUCUCCCACACCACCUCCCCUCUUUUGCUUCUUUUUUUUUUUGUUGCGUGUGCGGCUGCUGCUGCGGUGGUGGCCGCGUGA